AUGGCAAAAAUUAAGGCCUCCUACUUCCAUGGUGACAUCUGUCCAGCCUGGCUCUUGAAGAAGAAUGCAGAGCUGGUUGUGAACGACCUCCUGAUACUUGCCAAUCUUUCCCUAACUCAUGGCGUGUUUCCGGCCCGCUGGAAACAUGCUAUUAUUACACCAAUUUUAAAAAAGCCCAACUUGAACCCUGGCUGUCUUUCUAACUACAGACCCAUUCCUGCUAUAGGUUUCCUGGCCAAACUGGUGGAAUACGACAUUUUUCUCCAACUUCAAUCGUACUCAGAGACAAAAGGUCUGUUUCACGACCCGCAGUGCGGUUUCUGUCCGGGCCGUGGGAUUGAGCUCAUGGUCCUUUCUAACAGAGAGAAGCUGCUCGGGGUCAGGGAUGCGGGGGGAGCAGCUGCCUUGGUGCUCCUUGACCUCUCCGCGGCCUUUGACACUGUAAACCACGCUAUGUUGAUUGCCAGGCUUCGGGACGAGUUUCACAUUACCGGCUCUGCUUCACACUGGCUUUCAGACUUCCUCACCCACAGGACCUUUCAGGUUAAAACCGGUCCUUUCCUAUCUGCCAUCAGCACCCUGAGUUGUGGGGUGCCUCAGGGCUCGGCCCUGUCGCCAUGGCUAUUUAAUGUGUAUCUUCGGCCGUUUGCGAGUCUGCUGGACACCCAUGCAGUGUUUAAUCGGCUGUAUGCAGACGAUGUCCAGUUGUUCGUCGACAGCCUAUCCGACCCUGCUCCUGGUCUGCAGCUUGCUUCCUGCCUAUUAUACAUCAUACAGUGGAUGGAUCACAAUUCCCUUAGUCUAAAUGCUAAAAAGACAGAAAUUCUCAUCUCUGGACGUAUUGAUCCAGCUGUCUUUCUGGGGAACUGGCCCACGAGCCUUGGGCCGUGUCCUGUUCUGGUGAAUCAAGUCCGUGUCCUGGGGACAAUUUUUGACUGUAAUCUGAAUUGGAUACCCCAAAUCAAUCAAUGUAUCCGCAAAGCACUUUGGGAUUGUUCACUUCUCCAUAAUGGAAUCAAAUCCAGUAAAUACGUGUUGGCUCUCAAAAGAGGAGGCCAUUUUGUUUUGUUGACUCUGAAUAUUUCAUAUGUACAGAAGGAAUUACAGAUAAUAUCAGAACAACUGAGUAAAGUGGAGGAGGAUUUAAAAUCUGCAGUUACCUCAGAGGAAUUUGGAUUCCGGUACUAUAUACUCUUCCCAAGGUCCACAAGGAUAGAGAAAAUCCCAGGUAUUAAGAUUUUGAGUGAAUUAAAGCAAAAGCUGGAUGAAGAAGGCAACAAGUGUUCCAUUUUGUCAAAGCAACAGAAGUUCAACGAUCACUGCUGUAUCCGAUGCUGUUCUCCCUUUACUUUUCUCAUCAAUUCCAAACGUCAGUGUCUGGACUGCAAGUUCAACAUCUGCAAAAACUGCAGCUCCUACCAAAAGAAAGAGAAGGCCUGGAUGUGUAACGUCUGCCAGCAAACAAGGCUCUUGAGAACCCAGUCAUUGGAAUGGUAUUACAACAAUGUGAAAAGUCGCUUCAAACGUUUCGGCAGUGCCAAAGUUCUGAAGAAUUUGUACAGAAAGCAUAGACUCGAAAGCGGAGCAAGUGCUGAAAUUUUAGAAGGAAGCUUUAUUGAUGAAAGUUUAGAAAAUGAAGGAAGCGUGUGUGGAAGUGACUCCACAUUCUACAGACAAACACAAGGGCACAGCAUGAUGGACACACUUUCAGUGGCCUUACGUGUGGCAGAAGAAGCGGUAGAAGAAGCAAUUGCCAAAGCUGAAUCAUACAGCGAUAGCUUGGAUAAACAGAAUGAGGCAUGUUACUUGCGGGAACACAAGGAAGAACUGAUUGAGGAGUUAGCUACAACCAUUGUUCAAAAGAUUAUCAAGAGGAAGAAAAGCAAAGGAGAGCAAGCUGAAGGAUUGUACGAGUGGCAGAGGUCUAGGGCUGAUGUGACUUCACCAGCUGCGUCUGAACAACAUUUAAUGACCCUUCAGGAGAGAGGAUUAGAUACACUUUGGAGAUCCCACUCAGCAUUUUCCUUGAUGAAUGAAGAUGUAACAAGUAGCAACACAGUAGGAAAAUCCAGUACACCAGAAUCACGGUGUCAGACGCAAAGGAGUCAUAAGAGAAGGCUGAAAGAACACAGACCUUCUACGUUGCCGAGCUGGAAAAGUGUGGACAGUCUAUAUGAUUCAAGCCCAUCUCCAGUUCUGCAGAGUUCAGACGGGAAUUGGGUAGCGCUACAAAGUAUAACAUUGCCUCCACCAAGAUUGCUUGCUCAGCCAAAAAGUCAAGUGUUCAAAUCUUUAGAGAAUGAGUCAAGUGUAGUCUCAGCCUAUGAUGAGAUGGGUUCAGACAGUGAUGAAGAAGUGGACUGGAGUUUAGCGCUAAAUGCCUACCGACGGAGAACAAGACAGUUGUCAGAAGAUUCUUGUUACACAGACUCUCAGUAUAACACCGAAUGGGCAUGUGGCAAUGAGUAUUAUCAGUCUGUAACUUCCCCAUCAUCUGGAUUGUUUACAAAUACCGAAACAAUGUAUUCUGACUCAGAAACCUCGUCUGUGAACUCUUUGAAGGAGAAUAGGUUGUCCGCUAAGUCCCUUAGGCCAAGUAGAAAAGUUCCAAGUGAGCAGACCCAUAAAGAACACACGUAUGGAAAGAUGGAUAUUAAUUUUAACCCUCAAUCUAUUAGUAUGGAAUAUUCAGACAGCAGCGAACCUGAAAAAACUGCCGAUGUUGAAAAAAGAUCAAGAAGAUGGAGAAAAGGCAAAGUAUCCCUUGAAGAGAUGGGAGAGGGGAGUAAUAGUGCAGCAAGAGUACAAAAAAGGACCACUCUGGGCACCAAUAAGGGCGUUACUGAUUUAUCAGAAACAGAAAUGAGCAGUGGUGACCAACAUCACAGAACUGAGUCCGAUUGUCUUGAACAACAGCUUAAAACACGAUUAAGCGAACUAACCGCCAAGAUUAGCGAUAAAGAAAUGUCUUCUGGGGAAGAACAAGAUUCAGAGCUUAGGAUGGAAACUGGGAACAGCGAAAUGUUGUCAUCAGAGGAGAAUUCCAAGUGUGUACAAGAGGAGAUAAAAAAGGAAAAGCGACAGGCUUUAGAGCUUCACUUAAAACUCCAAUUUUUGUCCUCAGUACUGCAACAGAAGUACUCUGCUGUGUCUCUCUGCAACAUAUCAACAGAAGUCCUUAAAGUCAUCAAUGCAACUGAGGAACUGAUAGCAGGAUCUACAGAUACAUGGGAUUCCCCAGAAAAUACUCUUGAGCGUGGGACUUUUCCUGUAGUUGAUGAUCCUCUCAAACUAGAUGAACAGCUGACCAAACUGGAAGAAAAUGUGUAUCUAACAGCUGGCACUGUCUAUGGAUUGGAAGGACAGCUGGAUGAGAUUGAGGACUCUGCACGCAAAAUCAACAGUGUGACUACAGAAAUUGAACUUGCCGAUCUGGAGGAUCAAGUGGCAACAGCAGCUGCCCAGGUUCAUCAUGCUGAGCGUCAGAUUUCAGAUAUUGAAAGUAGAAUAUCAGCUCUCAGUGUAGCUGGAUUAAAUGUUGCUCCAUGUGUGCGGCUGACAAGGAGAACCGAACCAACGAAUACUAAUCAGAUUCAAACAAUAGACACUUCAAGGCAGCAACGGCGAAAACUACCAGCAACUCCUCUGCAUGAUGAAGAACUUCCAGAACAUCCAGCAGUGAACGCCCUAAAGGCAUUUAACAGAAAUUUUAUGCUACAGGGAUCUUUAACUCAAAGAUCUAGAGAAUGGAAGAGUACGGCUAAAGAAGUCAUGGAACCUACUAAAGGCUCAACCAUAAUGUAUUAAAGACCCAAAUUUAUACUGCCAAAAAGUAUGAUGCCUAAAGCUGUACACAAGAGUGCCUUUAUCUGACAGCCAUUAUGUUAUCCAUAAAAGAAAUAGACCCUUGUGUGAUGUUACAAUGCCUAUAUCAUCAGGCUUUGUUCAGAUACCUCACUGGGAAUGGUCAACAUUAUGGUCUAACUGGAACUCUGCCUUAAGUUCUUCGGAGACACCAGGAAAAGGUUACUGAGUUUCAAGAAAGGCUCUGUGUUUUAUUAUGCACUUUUUUAUUUCCAUCCUUGUACAAACAGUAAUGUGUCCAAAACUGUUUUUGUAUUCUUCAUUUUUGAUGUAUUCAUAUACCAAAUGAAAUGAAAAAAAAAAGAGCAAAUGUUUUUGUUGUAAAGGUGUUUUCAAAAAUCUAUCUAGGGGGUCUUAUAUGGAUACUGUACUGUUUUCUAUUAGGUGCAAUUUGACUACUGAAGUAAGAUACUUCUAGUAUGUAAUUGCCUUCCAUAGUCACAUUAAAGUUCCUAAAGAGAUAUACUUGUACAAGUAUGCAUACAAAAUAUUUUGUGCAAUGUUAUCUCCAGUAGACUUGUGCAUUCGUUUUCUUCCGAUUUUCGGGUAUUUUCGUUAUCGUUUUAACAAACCAAAACGAACG